CACUCCAAGUCUCCAACAGCCGGGACAGCUAAAACGACAAGCGCGUGACCCACGGUGGCGCGUCGGGUAUUAAUUCAUAAACAGACCCAAAAGAAAACCCCAAUAACUUAAAUAAGGGCAUAUUAGGUGAUGAGCAACGGUACGACCGCUACACCGCCUCUUCAGCCACUGGACACCGCCGUCCUCGCUAGAACCUCACCGUCGUUCAUAAACAACUUAAGAAUCACGGCUGUUAUGGAGCGCUUGGCUGCGCACCUUCAUGAUGGCAACCACAACCAGUUAGGCGCUUUAGAUUUCUACAAUCAAUGCAUCUCCCUCUCGAGAGGUAUUGAUUAUUCACUUGCCAAUGGGGAAAUUUCACCCAAGGCCAAAGAACUCCCUGCAUUGAUGAGAUUGUUUCAUCAACGGAAGAAUGACGAACUGUCACAAGCAGCUUUAAUGGUUGUUAUGAUCUCUGUAAAGAAUGCCUGUGAACUCGGAUGGUUCCAAGCAAAAGAGAAGGAAGAGCUUCUUGCUAUCGCUGAUGAGGUAGCAAAGAUAUUUUGUAAUGCGGGGAAGAUAAAUGCUGGACCUAGUUCUAGCCAUUCCACAAUAACAAGAAUAAUGGAGAGGUUCUAUCCAAAAAUGAAACUCGGUCAAAUACUUGUGUCAUUUGAAGCCAAGCCCGGAUAUGGAGCUUAUACUCUUGACUUUCACAUUACCAAGAGUAAUGUUCAGCAUGAAAGAAUAUGGUUAUUCGUGGCACAAACUGACAAUGUUGAGACAUCUGCAUGCCUCAUUAAUCCUCAGCAAGUGAAUUUUCUGCUCAAUGGAAAAGGAGUAGAUAGAAGGACUAAUGUCUUCAUGGACACUGUCCCACAGAUGCCAACUCCUGUAUCUGGUAUGCUUAAAUAUGGGACGAAUCUUCUUCAAGCUGUAGGCCAGUUCACUGGUCAUUAUGUUGUUAUUGUUGCCUAUAUGAGUUUUGUAUCCUUACCCGAGGAUCCAGUUCUUCAAGAUUAUGUUCAGCCUGCUGUUACUUCAGUUGACACAGAUUCAGAUCUUAUUGAGGGGGCAUCACGAAUUUCACUUAAUUGUCCGAUAAGCUUUGCACGUAUCAAGACUCCAGUUAAAGGGUGCUCAUGCAAACAUUUCCAGUGUUUUGAUUUUGAUAAUUUCAUCAAUAUGAAUUCAAGGAGGCCAUGGUGGCGCUGCCCUCAUUGUAAUCAGCAUGUCAGCUAUGAAGAUAUUCGUCUUGAUCGGAACAUGGUUGAGAUACUGAAAGAUGUUGGGGAGAAUAUUCUGGAAGUGAUUGUUCUUGGUGAUGGAUCGUGGAAGGCGGUCUUUGAAAAGGAUCAUAAUGUGGAUAAGACGGUCUUUGAAAAGGAUCAUAAUGUGGAUAAGACGCAGAAUAAGGCCCACAAUGGGGAAAAGAAGCCAGCUGAAUUGCAAGAAUCUACUUGCUCCCCUAAUAAUAUAAUUUCUAACAUUUUUGACCUCACCAAUGAUGAUGAUUGCAUGGACUUAAUGGACACUAUUGAACUUGAAGAUACGAAACCUGCCCCGGGAUCCGCUGAGACUCAGUUUGUUAACCAAAGUUCAACUUCUUUAGGUCUAAACUCCACUGACGUUGAUCAAAAUGUUGCUUCUCAUAUAGACGAUGAAUUUUGGGCUGGACUUGAUCUUGUCUUUGGUAGGUCAGAUACCCCAUCAUUGGGUAUCUCUGAGAAUCCUGUUCUGCCUGACUCUGUUUCUCCCGCCUUUAAUCAGGGAUCUAACAGUCAUGACAAUAACAGUGCUGUGAAUUCUCUUGUGCAUAAUCAAGUUUCUACACCAACUAAUUUGCAGCUUAUUUAUAUGAAUUCGUCUGUUAAUGAGUAUGGAAGGUCAGCCUCAAUACCCAGACAUGUUAAUAGGACUCCGGUAGCAGUUCAGGCCCUUGCAGCCCCAUCUUCAAUAUCUGGACGAGAGCAAAGUUUGGGAAAUACUUUGAAUUCCUCGCUACCCAGCAGUUCCCCUGCCACUACUCAUGUUCCUUUGUCCCAUACAGCCACUGCAGCCAAUCCCAUACUGACUGAUACAGAAAGGCAACAACAUUUUUCACGAUCCCAAAUGAAUCUGCCCCAGAUGUCAGGUGUAAAUUCAUUGGGAUUGCCGCAUCAUUCAGCAACACAGAACCGAGUGCCACCACCUAAUAACCCUGCACCAAAUCAGUUGCCAAACUCAAACAGGCCAUGGGUGGGAUUGGGUGAAUUGAGCAAUCCUCACCUGAGCCAAUCUCUGAAUUCAAGGGCACACCCAGUAAUGCGAACAAAUAUCCAGCGGUCCCACAUUCAGCAAGGUGGUUCAGUUGCUCAGUCCACUGGAACUACCGCAAAUAGCCAACAAACUAGAGCUAAUGCUAUUGGACAGGUUUCCAGAGAUCAAAGAGGAAGUGUAACACCACAGUCGGUUUCUAGGCCUGAUGAUUUACUCAAUUUGCAAUCGGAGCAGAACUGGCGCCCCACUCAACGAAUGCGUGGAAGUCUUACAGGUCGUCCGUAUUCUGAUGAGGUUAGGGAGCGUAUAAUUGCACCAACGCAGUUGGUUCAGAAUACAAGACCACAAGGUACUCAACCAGUUCCAGCUUCAAGGCAACACCUACAAAGUCCCCUGCCAGUUCAAGGUUCAAGACCGCAUGGUUCCCAGCCACUCCAAAGGCCACAAGGUCCUCCGCCUUUUAGACCAACAGGUUUACCACUUGAUGUGCUUAUUGCAAACAACAGAAAUGCUCAUAACCAUCCUUCGAACGCGUAAUAUUUUUUGAAGGUUUUACUUGCACUUGCUGGAAGGUUCUGGGGAUCUGCAGCUGAAUAGAUUCAGAGCUAAGACUGAAAAAUACGGUAAUCUAUUUGGGAAAUUGAGUUAUCAUGUAAACAAGUAUGGGGAAUAGAAUUUUCAAUACGUGGUGAAAUCUAAGUAUAUAUUAAUUGAAGGCAUUUUGAUAAUGAACCCACAUGAAAUAUGGGGAUUUGAAUUAACAUAUAGUGAAAGAAGAAUUAUCUCGCUUGGAGUAUGUUGCACUUCCAAAAA